AUGCCCCUCCCCACCACCCCCCUCCUCCACCCCCUCGCCACCCUCCUCGCCACCAUCCCCAUCCUCUUCGGCCUCAACGCCUUCCUCCGCCCCUCCCACGCCCUCUCCUUCUUCGCCCCCUUCGCCGACAGCUACGCCUCCCCUGCCGCCUCGCCGCAGCUGCUCGACGCGCUCAUGGCCGUUUACGGCGCCCGCGACGUCUUCAUGGGCGUCGCCGUGCUGGUGCCGCUGUGGAGCGGGAGCAGGAAGGUGGCGGGCGCGAUUGGGAUCAUUGGGGAAUUCUUUGGCGGGAGCAUGUCGUCGUUGGCUGGGUUGGAUGGCUUGACGGGCGGCAGCGAUGGUACACUGCGCACUAUCAGGAAGUACACCAUCAAACCGGAAAUCAACAACUGGUGUCAACUAAGCAAACUCUACGAAAAGCGUCUUGCUUUCUUUCUCGUGUUCAUCUGGCCUGAUGCUGCGGUGGUGCUGCACCACAUCGAAGACCGCACCCUCUGGGAAAACGGCAACAUGCCCAUGAAGAUCAAGAACCAGUUCAUGGACGACUGCACCUCGCUUCCAGUAGCCGUAAGCGGUCGUUCCGGACACAGAGAUGCCAAACACUGA